GUUUGAAUUUGACAGCACGAGGACACAAUGAUGCAAAUAGUUAAAAUAAAUUACCUUUUUGCUUUCGGGGUGUUUAUUAAAGGUGUGACAGGUGUGAUCAUCACUCAGCAGACUGUGGUGGCAGCAGUGGGGGGAGAUGCUCAACUCAGCUGUCAGCUCUUGGACAAGAAAGACGUCGUUCAAGUCACAUGGCAGAAAGUUUUACCCAAAGAAGACAAGAACAUGGCCUCGUACAGUGAAAACUGGGGUCAAAGAGUCAAUCGUGAUUUUAGAGAAAAGGUUGUGUUUAUAGAAGCUGAACUGCAGAAGAGCUCCAUAGUGAUCAGGAACGUAUCAGAGCAGGAUGAAGGAUGUUGCCUCUGUCUCUUCAACACCUACCCUGAUGGUUCUGUUCGAAAUAAAACUUGUCUCCGGGUCUAUGAGCUGCAUGAACCCGUCCUUCAUGUGGAAGAAUCAAAGUCUCCUGAAGAGACACGUGUGUCCUGUUCAGCCACGGGUCGACCUGCUCCGACUGUAACGCUGACCGCUUCACAACAUCCUCUCUACUCACACAACACCGUCAGUGUCUACAACACCAACGGUACAGUCACCGUCACAACUACAGCCCUGCUGUCAGGUUUCCAUGGCAACAGCACACAGGUUGGAUGUGCAGCGGGAGCACCGUCUGGUCCUCAGAAAGAUGUGUUCAUGAUGAUUCCUGGGAAGAAACAGAGAUCUGUUGAUGGUUUGGAUAAAAAAUCUGGAUCCAAUCAGAGAUUAAGAUGGACUUUGAUCAUCAUAAUACCCCUGAUGGUCGGUUUGGUUGCUUUACUUGUCGUCAUCUUCAUCCGGGUCAGAAGCAAAACACAAAACAGGGACGCUGACGCGAUCAAGAUCUCUUCAACUCCAUACAAGGACCAUCAGAAGGACAGUGAGGUGAUCCUGAUCUCUCCAACUCCAUACAAGGACCAUCAGAAGACUGAAGAACCUCUGAAGACACCAGAGAGUGAAAAACCUCUAAAGACAUUAGAGAGUGAAGAAUCUCUAAAGACAUCAAAGAGUAGUGAAGUAAGACGACGAAUGAGUGCAGUGAAAAACAGACCAAGUGAGAGACGAGAAGCAUCAACAUCAACAGCAAGAAGACUUGAGUUCAAAACACCCUGACUUUUUAAUUUUAAAAAAGUUAUUCACUACACUGUACUUACAAUCAAACAAAAACAAAUACAAAGAAUUGGUGCUAUUUAAUUUAAUCAGUAAUGCUUUUUUACUUUCCAAACAUUUUUAAGUUGAAGAUUAAUCCAAGGAACAAUUGAUAAAAAGCAUUAGCCCUGGGAACUUCCGACCAGAUCAACUUAUCCCUAAACUUAUGAUAUGUGCCACAGGUUUUAAAGUUGCAGUAAUUAAACCUUUACUUUAAAAAAAAAAAACCCUCUCAGACGUUUUAGCUAAUUAUAGAUCAAUUUCCAAUCCUCCAUUUGAAUCUAAAAUUCUGGAAAAAGUAGUUGUAAGUUGGUUAUGUCACCAUUUAUAAAGAAAUGAUCUAUUUGAAGUCUCUCAGAUAAGGGAUUAGUGUCUAUACUGGUUCUACUGGACCUCAGUGCUGCUUUACUGUAGAUCAGCAUACAGUUCAAGUUAAUUCACCUGUGUAACGAAAUCUCUACCGUCAGGCGGAUUGUACCAUUUAGAGAGAUAUUAUGGGGGGAACUGACGUCAUGUUCCAUUAAUAUAUACUUUUAUGAAGUAAUAAUUAGCUGUUCUUGAUCAUAUUACAGUUGUGUGGGGUUUAAUGACGUACAUAUGUUUUUCUAUAUGUAUUUGUACAUGUAUUGUUGGUGAGUAAAGUGUUUUCAUUCUUAUGUUACCUACAUUUAUCUGUAAAUGUAGGUGACCAAUGAAAGCAUGUGUGCUAAAGAUCACCCGGGAAUUGGGGAUAUUACUGUCUGUGACAGUAUGGUUGGACACGAUGGUUCAAAAAGAUGUAAUACAUUACUUUCUUGCUUUUGGACUGUUUGUUGAAGGUAAGAAGAAACUAUAUUAAAGUUUUUCCAUCUUCUCUGUCAUUAAUAUUCAGACGUGUUUGUAUUCAUUGUUGGUCAGUUGUGUUUUAAACAUUACUAUUACUAUAAACUUAACCAAACGCAGUAAUUGCAAUUCCUGCUUUUAUGAUAUCAUGUAUUUUAUUGAGGAAAACGUUUCUUCUUAACAAACAAGACAAGAAUGAAACCAAAAGAGUAAAGAAUUUUUUUGCUGCUUUUGUUGGAACUGCACACAUUUCAUAAAAAGUGGCAGUGGGUGAAGUUUUGUGACUGUUUUACACCUUUUACCACGUUUUACAUGCUCUUCUAAACAACAUCAAGGAACUUGCAAUUAAAAAGCAAUACAGAACUUCCAGUAUGGCGGUGAGCUGUGUGGAAGUGUGUUGACCUGCUCUGCUACCCUGUUGGCUAAAUCCUACUUAAAUAUUGCACUUGAGCUAUCGAAAUACCUCCAUUUCUGCAUUUAACCGAAUCCACGACAACAAUUCCAUACUUAAAGGACCUUAUCUCCACUUAUGGGUACUUCUCAGGCAACAAAGUAAACGUAGACAAAACAAUGGGUUUGGGACGACGGAUCCCACAAGCAGUCAAAGUCCAGAGUGGGUUUAAAUGGCCUAAAGAUGGCAUGAAAUACUUGGGCAUCCAAAUCCCCACAUCGCUAAAAAAUUUGUUUUGUGUAAAUUAUAAAAGCAUCAUACAAAAUGUUAGUAAAGUUAUGGACCGAUGGUCCGCGCUUCCUUUAUCCAUGUUUGGUCGUGUUGAGAGUGUACGUAUGAAUGUUCUACCACGUCUUCUCUACCCAUUCCAGAUGUUGCCUAUCGAUAUCCCCAAAUCAACUUUUGACAAACUAGACAUAUGGAGCUAGAAUAGUCUCAUAAUUCACAAAUGCACACGCCGAUCCACAAAUACACAGGACAAAAUUCACAAAUGCACAGAACAACUCACACGUGCGUAGGACAAUAUACACAAAUGUAUUUUUGAUACAUCGCAAAUAUAACCUGAUUUACAAACGUUUUUUGUCUGUGAGCUGCGCUGGAUUUGCGUGUGACUUUUGAGACUCCCCUGACGUUACUCGAUCCACAAAUACGUUGUUUUUUUUAACACGGAAGGAUCUGCAACCAAUCACAUGUCUUCCUUUGUUUCAGAAUGGUGCACACAAACUGCUAAACUGUUCCAGGUUUGGAUUGUUUCUUGUCCAGAUUUUCAGCUAAUUAUUUGAAACUUGUUCAUUUGAUUAUUUUACUAUUAUUUAAUUUUAUAACCUUUUAUCUUGUUUUUCCAGAACCAUCACUGAGUCUGUAAUUUAGUAAAAAGUCAGACUUGAAAAUAAGUCUGUCUGGUUUUAUUAAUUGUUACCACAUAUUUGCAGGUAACAAGAUUGUUUUCUCUGGCUGAAUUUCGUAUUAAUAAUUUCGCUUGGAAGAAGUAAAGUCAUUACAACUGUGAGAAAUAGAAACAAAUCAAGUUCAACGGCUUUGACCGUGAUAGCCAUAUACACGAGUGAGACGCCCACCUGUGGUGAGGUCACAGGAUUGUACCAUUUAGAUAGGGGCAACUAACGUUAUGAUCCAUUAAUUAGUCGUGUUAUUAAGAAAUAAUUAGCUAUUCUUGAUCAUGUAACCAUUUUAAGAACGUUAUAAUUUCUUGUAAAUGUGUUUUUUAUUUAAGUAUGUGUUGU